AAGAAAAAGAAAGCUGCCCAUAUUCCGACAAGUCAAACUUCAUCCUUGACUCUUUCUUUCUUCGAUUCCCAUCUAUAAAAUGCCCACCUGCUCCCUCCCACUCUCACCCCAACCCUCACCCUCUCCGUCUCUGCAAUUACGAUGGCGCCCAGGGACAAGACUAGUGCCGUUAAGCCUAGCGGUAACGCCGGGGUGAAGGACCUGCAUUUUCGUGGAGUCAGGAAGAGACCGUGGGGGAGGUUCGCCGCCGAGAUCAGAGAUCCCGCCAAGAAGACCCGCGUCUGGCUCGGAACCUUCGACACCGCGGAGGAGGCGGCCCGUGCCUACGACGCCGCCGCGCGGGAGUUUCGCGGCCCUAAGGCGAAGACAAACUUCCCUCUCCCUUCGGAAAAUUUUAAGAACGCGAGCCCUAGCCAAAGCAGCACGGUGGAGUCCUCCAGCCGCGACCGCGACGUCGCCGCCGAUUCCUCUCCGCUCGACCUCAACCUCGCCCCCGUCGCCGUCUCCUCCGCUCGAUUCCCCUUCCGGCACCAGUUCCCGGUUUUCCCCGGCGCGGUGCCGGCGGCGAACCAGGUUAUGUACUUCGACGCCGUCCUACGCGCCGGCAUGGCCGGUCCACGUGGCUUCGCGUUUGGCUACAAUCCUCAUCCCGUCGCGGCGAGUGAGUACCACGCGACGACGAGCGACUCGGACUCGUCCUCCGUUAUCGAUCUGAAUCAUAACGAAGGCGUUGUUAAGGGGAACGGUUCUAGAAUGUUCGAUCUCGACCUUAACCAUCCUCCUCCACAUGAGAUCGCUUGAUCCAGAAUCUGACUCAUGCCUUGAGUUUUUCUUUUUCUAAUUUUGUUUUUUAAAGUAGAGAAAGUAGCAGCGUUCGAUAAGGAAGGAAGGGAAGGGAAGGUAAAGAAAUACUAUGUGAAUACGUAGUCGGUAUGAUUGUCUCUAUUUUUUUGCGACAGAGGAACCACCAGUUUCAUGCUGUUGUUUCUUAAAUCACGAAGCGCUCAUCCGGUUUUUCUUUCGUUUUGAUUGAUUAUUUUACUACGGUGUAAUGUUUUUUGGUUGCAGCCAUAAUUUGGUUCAAUGAAAUUAACACGGAAAGUUUGAAUUA